UCUCGACUGCAACAUGGGAGCAGGCGGUGCAGGAGUACCUCAAGGAACGGAGGAACGUCUGUGCCCUCCUCGAGAGAUGGUUUCGGGAGCUGGAUUGGAUGUACGACAUUUGCUCGAGGAUCGGUUUCAGCGCUGCUUGGCACCAUGGCAAUUUUGACAAGCUUUUGAACCCGAAACAUGGUCCCCUGCUUGCUUGCAUCUUGGCUGUCGCUGCGCAGACGCCUUCGCUCGAUCUUGAUGCUUACUUCGCGCUACCGCAAAUGGACAGCCCUCAAAGCGGCUUUAGAGCCACGAGCGUCGAAGCAGAACUCUCACGUCUGAGAGCAGACUACCGCGGGCCUACUAGCGUGUUCAUUGGCGUCUGCCAGGUGUCACAUGUCCUGGCUGACGCGUUCGCGCGACAGCGACCCUUCUUGAAGCUCGUCGUCCUGCGAGUUCGACGUCACUUUGCGGUUGACAUGUCGGCUCUACUGGGCAAGACACCUCGGGGAGCAUGGAGUGGCUCAAUGACUGGCAGCUCUCGACAGCGCGAGUCUUGCUUACCCACGUCCUUGGAGUCGCAGCGCACAUCGCGCCACGAUCGGGGGCAUACCGAUCAUGGUCAGGUCGCAACUGCCGUCGACAUUCUGGGCGGUGGUACGGGCUGAGCGCAAGUCGAACAGCUUUCUUUCUAUCCUUUUAGAUCGCGAGAGGCAAGCCAACAAAAGGUCCAGCGAAAACAAAGCCCCAAACGUCCUUCUCGAUCCCAGCGCUGACUUGGCGUCUGGAAAUGAGAGGCUUAUCCCACCCGCGACUCCGG